GACAAAACUAAAACUAAAGAAAAAACAAAAGUCUGCCUUUCAGACGUUUUUUUCUCGCUUCCACUCUAGGCCUUCCGCUUUCGCUUUCACUUUUCCCACUUUAAUCUAAGCAUUCAUCCCGUCUUCACCUCAUCCAAACACUUCCCAUUUUCCACUCCCUCUCUCUCUAGAUUCCCUUUCCCUUCUUCCACCAGCCCCCUCUUUUAACUCAUCGAAACAAGAAAAUGAGCAAACCGCACAGACCGCCUUCAGGCCGUACAAAUAUUGCUUCAUGCAUAGUAGCUACAAUCUUCCUAAUCUUUGUUGUCAUCAUAAUCCUCAUCGUCUUCUUCACUGUUUUCAAGCCUAAAGACCCGAAAAUAUCUGUUAACGCUGUUCAACUCCCAUCAUUUGCCGUCUCUAACAACACUGUUAACUUCACUUUCUCUCAAUAUGUCUCCGUCAAGAAUCCAAAUAGAGCUGUUUUCUCUCACUAUGACAGUACCCUUCAGCUUCUUUACUCGAGUUCUCAAGUCGGGUUCAUGUUCAUUCCCGCUGGUAAAAUUGAUGCGGGUCGGACCCAGUACAUGGCCGCUACCUAUUCUGUUGAGUCUUUCCCUUUAUCUGCUUCGCCGGAUGCAGCGGUUAAUGUGGGAUCUGCGUUCCAUGACGGUGGUUUUGGCGGUGGUGGACAGCCCGGUUUUAAUAACGGCUUUCGGGUCGGACCAACCAUGGAGAUUGAGUCAAGAAUCCAUAUAGCGGGUCGGGUUCGGGUCUUGCAUUUUUUCACCCAUCAUCUGGAGACUAAAGUUAGAUGCAGAGUUACUAUUUCCCACUGCUCUCAGUUUUUGGUAAAGAUCUUGAAUUGUUGCCCAAGGAAAGCUGCAAACUAUGAUGAGGUUGGUCUCUAAAGGGAAGCUUUGCUUUUUCUUUAGUUUUGUUUGGGGCUUAAUUGUGCAAUAAGUAAAGGUUGAUACCAUGAUUAGUAUAACAACAUGGGCAGUUAAGGUUUCUAUAAGGAAACAUGAGUUUGGUCCGACCGUCAAGGAAAGCUUAUGGUCAGUGAAUUAUGAGCUGUAAAGAUCCGCAAAAUGCUCCAUGGUUUCUGUUUACUAAAGAAGGAGUAAAUAAUUUUUAUUUAUUUAUCUGAAUUAGGGUCAGUAAAUGACGGGAAUGGGUAAAAUGAAAAGGUUGACGCUUGAAAAUGUCAUGUUGUCGGAGUCCCGGAGAAGGGGCUGAAAGGGACGGUGUUAGUGGAGGUGGUGAUUACACGCAGCAGGCAGGGUGGUAAAUGGUAAUAUUUGCCGGUGACUAACAGUAACCAAGUGAGUGCAGUGCAGAUUUUACUCCGACAGGAUUGUGGGGCUGCAGGCUGCACACAUUGUCCAUAUUGUAGACUCCACCCUCUUGGGAUUGGAGAUCCAUGCUUUUUUCACUCAUUAACUUUAAAAUUAAAAGAAAAGGAAAAAUUAAAAGGAUCCAGAAAAACAAUGUGUCCCACUAUAUUUCAAAAUGUUUUUUUUUGUCUUUUAAUUUUUAUACUUUGUAUUUUAUUUUUUAUUUUUUUUAAUAUUGUGCAUAUUAAUAAUUAGAUUUUAUAAUU